AGUCCACAGGAUAGAAUCAGAAUACCCUUGUCAGUUGUUCAGUGCAGCAGUAGCUGAACUUGUGCCCAAUUUGUGGGGCUGCUGUUCUAGAAACGACAGCAUAGAGAUGGGCAGUGAAUUGUGAGGGCUGUAGUUAAACGCCGCGUCUGUCCCUCCUGAGAAACCCAGUUGCCAAACGUUGAGUUAACCUUGCUUGGAGGGAUGUUCUUGCAGUUCUGAAGGUGUCACAUCAUAAGGUCAUGAUUUUCAUUUUCUCGUGUCAUUUUCUUGAAGAGAGGAAAUGAUUGUAGUGGAACUUCUUACAGAUAAGCCACAGAUAUGGAUUCGUCGUAGUUCAGAAACGUUCGUAGAAGAGCAGAUAUAGCCCCUUUUUUUGUGUUCCAGCAGCUGUCUUAUUGAAAAGGGAAAUAAAAAUGACGACUUCGUCUAUUAGGCGGCAGAUGAAGAACAUUGUGAACAAUUACUCGGAGGCCGAAAUCAAAGUGCGGGAAGCGACCUCCAACGACCCAUGGGGUCCCUCGAGUUCGCUGAUGACUGAAAUAGCAGAUCUGACCUACAACGUUGUGGCCUUCUCUGAAAUUAUGAGCAUGAUCUGGAAGCGACUCAAUGACCACGGCAAGAACUGGCGACACGUGUACAAGGCCCUCACUCUGUUAGAUUACCUGAUUAAAACUGGUUCUGAGAGAGUGGCGCAGCAGUGUAAAGAGAAUAUUUUUGCUAUCCAAACGUUGAAAGAUUUCCAGUAUAUCGAUCGAGAUGGUAAAGACCAGGGCAUCAAUGUGAGGGAGAAAUCCAAGCAGCUUGUGUCUCUGCUGAAGGAUGACGAGCGACUGAAGACAGAGAGGGCCCAGGCACUGAAGACCAAAGAACGCAUGGCUCAGGUGGCCACUGGGGUGGGCAGCAACCAGAUCACCUUCGGUCGGGGCUCCAGUCAGCCCAACUUGUCCACCAGCUACUCGGAGCAGGAGUAUGGCAAGUCUGGAGGCUCCCCAGCAUCCUACCAUGGCUCAGCAACGUCCCCUCGAGUUUCCUCCGAGCUGGAGCAGGCCCGGCCCCAGACCAGUGGGGAAGAGGAGCUGCAGCUGCAGUUGGCGCUGGCCAUGAGCCGGGAGGUGGCGGAGCAGGUCAGUGCCCGUGAGGAGCGCCUCAGACGCGGAGAUGAUCUGAGAUUACAGAUGGCUCUGGAGGAGAGUCGCAGAGACACAAUUAAAAUUCCCAAAAAGAAGGAGCAUACUACUCUUUUGGACCUAAUGGAUGCCCUGCCCUCGUCGGCACCGGCCCCACAGAAAACAGAGCCCUGGGGACCUCCUGCUGCUGUUGCAAACCAAACGGAUCCCUGGGGAGGAUCCGCAGUUGCAGCUACUGCCUCUGACCCAUGGCAAUCGUUUGGUGCCAAACCAGCUGCUUCUGUUGACCCAUGGGCAGCACCAGCAGGAUCUGCAACUCAGUCUCUGUCCAAAAAUGUUGACCCGUGGGCUCCUGCUCAGCCAUCUUCUACUGCAGCAAAAUCUUCGGUGGAUCCUUGGGGACCAGCACCUGCAAACAAACCCCUCUCUACUUCUGGAAGUACAUCUUUUGACCUCUUCAGUAAUUUGAAUGGUAUAGUUAAAGAUGAUUUUUCUGAAUUCGACACACUUCGAACUUCCAAAAAGCCAGCUGAAUCGGGUUCCACUUUGCCGUCCCAGCAUAGCGGUACCACAAGUCCUGAUCUCUUUGAUUCCCAACACUCAAGCAUGACAUCAGGCAAACAGAGCGCAGCUCGGAAAACCCCCGAGUCUUUUUUGGGCCCCAAUGCUGCUCUGGUGAACCUGGAUUCACUGGUGUCUAAGCCACCGCAACCUGUAACUUCGCUGAAUCCAUUUUUGGCACCAGGUGCAGCUACAGCACCAACUCCAAUCAACCCCUUCCAAGUGAAUCAGCCUCAGCCACUCACUCUGAAUCAGAUGAGAGCAAGUCCUGUGAUGGGAACCAGUCCUUCUUUCAGUGCUGUGCCACCAAUAAGCAUGGAGCCAAUACCUCUGUCUUCCAUGGCCCCAGUGCCUGUGGGAAUGGCACCGAUACCAGCUAUGGGCACUGUGGCAUCCAUAACAAGGAUGGGCCAGGGGAUGAACGUGAGCAUUGCAGGAUCAAUGACCCAACCUCUUCACAGUACAGGAAUCCCACCAUCAGUAUCCCAGUCUACAAAUACAACUAACCCUUUUCUCCUAUAAAGACCCAAUUAAAGGAACUUUCUUUUCAUAGUGUUUCCAGGCUGAAGUCUUUACAGCGAAACAAACGUGGCCUGUGUGGACUGAAUGGUGUGUAAGAGACUUGGAAGUAGAUUUGCAGUUUACAGUUAUGAUCUUUGAAGAGUUGUCUCUACUUACCAGUUAAUCUAAAUCUAGUCUUUGCUACAGAUGGUACCUUACUUUGGCUUGUUGAGCAUUAUGUGAAAUGUUCAGACUUUUCACCAAAGUUAGAUUCUGCCCAUUUUGUUACUUUGUUAAUCAUUUCAAUACACUUUCUAGGGAGAACCUGCCAUUUUAAACUCCGUUGGCUGUUUUGUAGAUGUCAGAUGAUGUGCUGGAUCCUGAAAUUACUAUUUACCUGCAUCUGUCACUUCCUAUGCCCAUACGAUAGACCUGAGAUUCAGAGUGCUAGUGAAUGUUUUGCACAUAACUGUACACAGUUCUAGACUGUUGGUUCACCCAUAGUCCUUACUCUUAGAAGAGAAUGAUUCGGAGGGCCCAGGUGGCUGGUUUUUAUGCAUUAAACAUUGCAACGCAAAAUCGCACUGCUUUGGUAUCAGAGGUCUGAGCGAGAAAGCAAGCUUGUCUCAAAAGGAAAAAGCAGACAGAAAACCCAAGAACAUUUGCAAGUUGUCGAGUAUAACGUGUGCUGUUGUAUGCAGUGUUGAAUCCGUACACUACUCUAAGGACUCCUGAGGAACUCUCUGUGAGUGGCAUGCUGCACUCGUGCUGAGUGAGUGUCCUGCUCUGUGCUUGUCCAGUACCAGCUUCGUUUGGAAGUUACGUGUAUUUUGUUUUUAUUUGACUUACAAUGUGAGUUGAAAGAAAAAAAAGAAAUACAGUGGGACAACUUUGAAUUCAGUUUCACCGUGGCAAGCUUUAAAACUAAUUCAGGCUUAACCUUGCUAUAUGCAGUUACUCUUGUAUACUUUUGCACAUAUUUUGUUUAGUACAGUUUCAUAUUUGAGUUUGCAGAGUUACCUGAUAGUCCUUUUUUUGCUAAUUUUUAUAAUGUGGUUCUUAUUUAACUGUCUGGUUUUGAUAGAUUUAUCAAGUCUGGCUGAAAAAUUAAGAUAUUGGCAAAUGUCAUUUUUAUGGUUUUAAUGCCCUCUUAUUUAUGGUUUUAGCUCUUCGUUUCUGUAAAGAGAGUUUAAAAGGGAAGAUUAACACUAAAAUAUUUUACUUUUAAAUGAAGUAUUCAUAAUGCAGUUCAAAACAAAUCCUCGCGACUAAUUAUUUUUUAGAUGAAUUGAAUUUGAACGUAACGUGAUUUAAGACUACAUUAAAAAGAACAAACACUAAAGUCUCCUUUCCCUUGGUUUGUUCCUGUUUCCGAUGACCACAACGGACAGACGUGAGCCUUCACAAAGAGCAGCAGAGAGGCUGUCGUUUUUUAUUUCUUCUUCAGAUGUUUAAAGUUCUAAUGUACAGGCACAGCUCGUUAAUUGUAUGGACUAAUUUUUUCUUAAUGAAAGGUGCGCUCCAUAUUAAUAUCCGGUUGCUUUUACUCACUGUAAGCUGAACUAUACAUUUUAACUUGCAUGUCUGGACUCAUCAGCACUAAACCACACUCAGGUUUCAGCCCGUGUCUCUGGUGCAGACCUGGCUGCUCAGAGUGGCAGUGCUCUGAGCUCUGCUCUCGCAAGCAAUGCAAACGUGUGCAGAGAGUGUGGAAGGGAGGUCCCAGUGCUUGCUCCUGCCUCGAGGGCGUCUCCGGAUGAACUGAUGCAUCUUGGUGGCCUUUCCCUAGUUAGGAGGACAAACAAAGCUGGAAGAGAUUGCCAGUUUCAUGUCUUGGUGCAGUGAUGCUGAGUGGGACAGUCCUAGGGUGCUGCAGAGGGAAGGGCUGGCUGCUGGUUGUAUCUUGUGGUGGGCAGGGAGGCUGAAAGACUAUCAAAUCUAGGGUACAAUCACAGAGUUUAGCUGUGUAGGUCAGUGUAGCUCUUUUAGUAGAUGGAAUGCUAAACAUGUGGAUGUUUCUAUGCAGAUUGUUCUAUCCUCUUGAUACUAAUGAAUUUGCAAGUAGGAUUCAGGAUAUUCAUCUGCUCGUGUUUUCGUAGGAGAGGAAAAAGAAUGGCUGUCCACACCCAGUAUGUCUUCUUAGAAAAACAAAAGAAAAAACAUUCAUGUUGCCUUUCAGAAUAAGGAAAAAAUACUUUACUUUUUUGUUGUUGCUGGAGUUAUUGAAAAGUUUAGACCAGGAAGGGUGUGAUUCUUGCAGAUGGGGGGGGGAAGUGCUUUCCAAUUGAUCUGUGGCAAGAUUUAUCUCUCAUUAUUUUUCCAGUUUAUCAACAGUGAAAUUGAGGUCACUUGAUGUUUUUUUUCCCUUAGUCAGUCCCUUGAACGCAUUUGUGACAGCUAGAUGGGGCGUUAUCUAUUCAGCCAAGCAGUUCUAAUCACAGCCUCUCGUUUAACACUAGGUGACUGUUUUCUGAGGCCAGAUGGGGUUGAUAGUAUUUGAAAUUAUAAAGUCCUCUGUAGUUCAGGAUAACCAUCCGUCACCGUGAACUGAUCCAAACGCCACGCCGGUCCGGUGGGGAGCCCUGGCGUAAUGGAACUGCUGGCUGGCAACUUCUGCUCGCACCAAACCACUUCUGCAGGAGCUGCAGCGCUUCCCAUUGCGCGGAGCUGCGCAGCGCAGCAGCCUGUGGCAGGGCAGUGUGGAGCAGUGGUGCUGCAGGGCUGGGGGCUCUGCUCUGCCGACAUCCCAGCCUGGAGCCUGGCUCUGCCCCUGCCUUGCUGAAGCUUCAGCUGUGUCCAGAAGGGUGAAUCCAUGUCCUGAUAGUUUAUCUGCUCCUCAGAAUACUCCUCCCCGCCUCCACCUCUUCCUGCUUGGGGGAUGUGUGUGCAUCUGAUCGUGUCUGCUCUGGCCUGUUUCUCCAAAUGCGUUUCCCUCUUCCCCUUCUUUUUCUCACUUGCAGAUAUUAAAAGUGCUUUUGAUUUUAAAAAAAAAAUAAAUAAAUAAUGUUAGUAUCCCAGAAUAGCCUUACUGGUCAAAUUGACCAAAGAUAAAGUGUUAAUUAUUUUGUAAAAAGAAAAAAAAAAAAAAUCUUGGCAUAAUUUUAAACCCAAAAUAAGCUCAGUUAUUUAUUCAGUUUUAUACUAUAUAGAAACUAAACUACAUUGAGGGGACAGGGAAGGAAAACCGUGGUGGGUUGUGGUGUUUACAGUCUUUUUGAAGUCCCGUAGCUGAGACAACUAUUGUUAUCCAUCUUCCCUUUUGCUGUUACAGUUUCUAAUGUGUACUGUAUGUAUUAAUAUUGCACAGAUUGUGGAGAAAUAUAUGGUUUAUUUUUCACAGCAGAAUCUCACAAGACUCACUUCCUUUACAAGUGUUACAAUUUAAAUAUUUACCAAACUGUUUUCAUAAUACUGGGAGCCGGCUGCUUUUUAUGAAUUUGUGCUGACUAUUGACAUUAUUUACUGUAUAAAUAAUUUAUCAUUUGUACUAUUGUAUCAUAAUGUCUGUAUCUUUGUGUCAUUUUUCCCGAGCGAUGUCACGAAUGUGAUAUUUAAUAAUGCCAUCAGAGCAGUGGAAAGACGAGGGGUUUGUAGGUGACUGGUCAGAAUUAAAAUUGUAUUGCUUAUA